UCGCACCGCCUGCGCGCGGCCCGCGGGACUACCGCUGGCUUCCGCGCCCCGCGGUGCCUGCCGGGGGGUGUAGGCGCCGGGGGUCGGCGGGAGCUGCUCGGAGCGGCUGGCGGAGGCGGCACCAUGAAGAGGAGAGCAGGGGAGCGGGAGAAAGAACUGAAGAAAAAAAAGCUUCUUGAAGAACUUGGAGAGAAUAGACUUCCAUAUAUGACACCAGCCGAUGCCGAUUUCCAUCAAUUGUGGAAGACAAAAUAUUCCAAGCUGAUUUUCAGAACAUCUGAUACAGUACCUGAAGAGCUGCAUGAUAUGGUACAAGAAGGCUUUCUGACCUUGCGAAAACACAAUUGUUUCUUUCAAGAUCUUGUAAGGAUCAAAGGAAAAGAUUUUGUUACCCCAGUGUCUCGCAUAUUAAUUGGAAAUCCAGGAUGCACUUACAAGUACUUGAACACAAGAUUGUUUACAGUUCCUUGGCCUACUGAAGGUUAUGAUAUAAAAUAUUGCAGUCCUGAAAUACAUGAUGCUUGUAAAGCAUUAAUCAGACUUAAUGACUACUUACAUAUUGAAGCAGUCAAGGCAUUACAAGGACAAAAUUUGUUCAAGGCCAGAGAAAUUAAAGAUACUACUGUAAUAGAUAGGGAGCAAGAGUCUGUUUCAAAAGACCAAAGCAGUUGUGUACCAGAGGAUGACUAUGUAAGUCUAAAGAACAGAACAUCUUACAAUGUGACUUUAUUAAAUUAUAUGGAUCCGCUACAAAUGCUGUACUUGAAACAAGAACCUUAUUUUGGAAUGGGCAACAUGGCAGUGAGCUGGCACCACGACGAGAAUCUGGUUGAAAGGUCAACUGUUGCUGUGUAUAGUUACAGCUGUGAAGGUUCAGCCUUGGAAGAAAGUAAUGAACAAAAGCUAAAGGGAAGAGACCCAGCUGUUUGGCAUGUGGGCUUGAAGGUAGCAUGGGACAUAGAGACACCUGGAUUAGCAAUGCCACUUCGCCAAGGAGACUUCUACUUGAUGCUUGAUGAUCUCAAUAUGACGCACCAGCACUGUGUUCUGGCUGGUUUUUCACCUCGAUUCAGCUCCACUCACAGAGUGGCAGAUUGUUCAAGAGGAACAUUGGAAUACAUAUUUGGACGAUGUGAACUGGCACUCCAGAAUUUACAGACUGAUUCUGAUUCAGUGGCUUUAUCUUUGAAAUCACUGGAAACUGCAGUUGUAAAGCAAGUAGAAGAAAUACAUAAUGAGGUCGAAUUUGAGUGGCUUCGGCAGUUUUGGUUUCAAGUCAAGCGGUAUUUGAAAUGCACUGAUUGGUGGCUUAAGCCUAUGGCUAAAUUGGAAGAAUUUUGGAGAAAAAUGGAGAUUAUGACAAGCCUGGUCCUCUCUGAAGUUGGAAAAGAGGAACAAAUUGAGGAACAAAGGAAUGAAACCGUCAGAUGCUUCUUGCGAGUUCUUAGUGAGCGACAAAAGCUGCGUAAAGAAUGGACAGCAAGAUGCCAGUCAGAAGCAGCAGAGAGCUUGCCAGAAGACCAGAAACCAGAAUGCCAUCCCUUCUGGACAGAUGAUGAAUGUUGGAGCAACACGAGCCAUAGCUCACACGUGACAAAGGAGAAUCCAUGAUCUGGGUAUCCUAAGGAGAGGCCAGCUUGGGGUGAGCCUGCUGGACAUCUUCAGAAUAGAGGUGUGACUUCUUCAUCUACUAACAUAGGCAGAGGUGCAGGAGAUGAUGGAGAAAGUCCUUUAUGCGGUGGCCUUUUGUUAGAGCAUUUUUUCAGAUGAGGAACUCUGGAGGAGCAUCCUGACAUAGCAAGACUUUCUUGCUGGUUUUCAUGAUGGCAAUUGAGUAGUACUAGGAGAGAUUUACAGUGUGAAUCUACACCUCCUGGGCUCCCUGAAGCUCAUAAUUCAGUUCCUAACCAUUACUUUGUUUCUGCAUGUUGUGAAUCCUAUUCUGAGGCCCGGUUUCCCAGUGUGUUGUCUAAAGAGCUGAUGGACCUAAUCAGGGGUUUCCACUUGGGGUGUCAGGUCCCCUGACAGAUUAGAUUUAGAUUGUGUGAUACUGGGCAUUGCAGCAUCUGUGUUGAUCUAAUGAGAUCUAUGAGAACAAAACUAGAAGCCUAUGAGAAAUUAAGGUAUUUGUGAUCUGCUUUGUAGUAAUGUACUAUAAAAAGAACAAUUCUGUAUUGGACGAUACAGAAUUCUCCUGAGUGAGAGAGAGAAUUUUUGUUUGGUUAAGUUGCUGUUUUAACUCAAACUGGUGUACACCUUUUCCUUCGCCAUAAAAAGCAGAAGAAAAUCAUAUUACAGUGAAACAGCACUCAGUCUGUAUUACCACCACAAAAGCAACAAGUAAGACUCAAAGUUUGACAUUGCCACCAAGAAAUGAAUACACCUCCUGUGUUAAUCUUCUGUUUAAAAUCACUGUUGGGGCCAGGCUUACCCAGAGCAUACCAGUAUACUGUAUUGGCAAAGCACUCUGUGUGCGGAUGAGGCUUGUACUGCCGAAAAUUGUAUUUUUGACAGUACAACAUAUGCCAGACCUCCCUGGAGCUAAAGAAGCUGUGCCAGCAAAAAUUCAGUUUUAGUGGUACAAAACUGUGUCCACACCUACCGGCUUUUGCCAGGACAAUUAUAUCAAGUAGAGAUUGUACUUCUUAACGCCUUUGACAUAGCUAUGCCAGCAAAAGUGUAAAGACCUGCAUCAAGCGUUUUCAUUGUAGUCCUGGACUUCUGCAAAAACUGUUAGCCACCAUGUAGACUGUAAAGACUGUCUGAAGAAGAAAUUACUAUUUAAAGUAGGUUUGAUUAUAUUAUAACCUUGAUCCAUACAUUUACCUUUUGUCUCUUGUGCCACAGAUGUCUUAACAUUUGGAAAUGCUAUGUUAGGGGCAUAGCAUUUUUUUUCCUGCAGUAGCUAAAGCUGGCUUUACUAGUGGGCAAAUACCAUAUAUUUGGAUUAAUGCCACACUAAAUACUGUUUACUUGGAAAUCACUUAAAGAGAAGCUACCUGAAGAUGUGGGAAUUCUGCUUUUGAAAAGGUAGUUCUCACAGAAACAGGUAUUACUUUGGAAAUGAGCAAGAUUAAUUCAAACAAGCUAAUGAUGUAACACUGUUAACACAGUGUUUGAGGGGAUUGUUUGUUUAUGCUGUUACUUUAUGAUUAUUUUGUGUUUAAUUAAGCACUGCUAGAAGCACCAGGGAUCACAGUAUUGAAAUGAAUCUGACAGCCAUAGAGGGUAGAGAAGGCACAUCAGUGUUGUAGUUUGUAGCUGAAGUGGAGCCAUAGCUAUUAAAAAAUGAUUGGCAAAUAAUUAUUUCCAGCAGUAGUGAAAAGAACCCACUGGGAUCUUUCUUGUAUUAGGAGAGUGCUGGCAGCAAUAAUAGAAUUUUUAAAAAUACAUGAUUCUAGGUCUUGGGUAUGCUGAAGAUUUAGGCUAGUGAAUUAGCUGGACUAGUACUAGCCUCAGUGCAGUCAGAUAGCACUCAUUUAAGCCAUGGAUGGCAAUGACAUAGACAAACGAACACCUCUGGAUUGGAUAAGACCCGAGAUUCACUGGCAAAAUACCAAUAAUCAAGUGGUUAAAGAGGAUUAAUGCUCUGUGUUGCACUCCGGUCUCACAUCAUCUAAAUCAGUUUAACUUGAUUGAGUUCAGUUGAAAUAUAGAAGUAUAAGAAGAUUUCAUAUCUCCAGAGCCCACAAGAGUUGAUAACAAAAACAUGAGUAAGGUGGUUGGAACUGUUUGAAGCAUGUAGUAAUGCCAAAAGGAGAACAUGUUUGAAGGUGAAUACCUGCAAAAGACCUGAGAGAUCAAGUAUAAAUUUUUGCUGUGUUUGGAUUACAUACUAGAAUCAGACAAAUACUUCAAAGUUUUCUUUAUUUUAUGCAAAUAGUUAAGAUUUAGCUUAUGUUGCAAUGAUACCUUAGCAAUCCGUUUCUAUUCCAGCAUUAGACAACCUGUUUCCAUUUUGGAUGAGCUGAAAGACACAGCCUGUAAUGGAUGCUCUGUGUAUAACAGCCAUUUGCCAAGUCUGGAUGCUCUAGAGCCAUGAGGACCAAGGUCAGUUUUUCAGGGAAGAGGUGAGAACAUAAAUUAGCUUCUAACACUAGAUUCAGUGAUUCUCUUUAAAUGGUGAAGUUCAUGACUUUGCUUACAUUUACUUUUCAUCAGCCAUGAAAGAAUUAAGGUAAAAUAGUUCAUUUGCACGUGUGCGUCAGUCUAAAUGGAUUACAGAAGAUACAGAUCUGUUUGCCUGUCUGCACUUGCCUUUAGACAAUAUUCAUCAAUUUUACAAAAGCUACUGACUAAACAUGGAACCAAUACAACUGAAAUGCUCGAGGCAAGGGCUUUCUUUAGAAAAUCUGAUACAGAGUUGGUUUUACACUGAUAGAAGGAGAAUGUUGGCAGAAAAUGAAAAACUUUUAUUGUUUCUGUAAUUUGGGGAUGAAAGGUAAAGGCCUUUUUUAAGUAUUUGAUAGAAAACUGAUGUGUUAUGCAAUGUAAUUAGAAAUGUUUUUAUAAUGCUUUAUUCACAUCUCUGUAUAUGAAAAUAUUUUAUCCUGUAAGUCCUUUCUUCUUUUUAAAAGGUUAUGUAAAUAAAAAACACUAAUCUCGAUACAGACGAUUUUAAAGGCCUCAUGCUUAUGCUCUCAGCUUUACAGCAGAUUCUGAUGAUCUAAAGUGUAAAUAAGAAUGCCAGGGGUAAUCACCAACUGGAAACUGUCCAGGAUGGGUAACAUGCAACAUAAUAAAUAUCCAAAUCUGUUGUCUUAUUAUCAUCCAGAUAUAGUUUUAGUUUCACUGGUAAUGAUGCAAGAUGCACUUUAAAAUCAUGCUGGACUUCUUAAUUCUGUGGGUCAGAUUCAAGGAUUCCAGUGCUAUAACAGGAAAAAAGAAAUUAAAGGAAUACUAAAAUCCAUCAUGAAAGAUGGCUAAAGUAUUGUCAUGUGUUAAGAGUGAGCAUUGCUCCUUUCUCAGUUACAGUAGUGCCAUUCCGUUAGUCCUGUGUCCUGCAGUGGAAUUUGGGCUAGUGUAACAGAGAUUAAACUAGCCCAGAACCUGAUGUCUGAGCUGGGAUGAGAGGAGGGGAAGAGAGAUGAGAUGCACAUGAGAUGCAAGGGAUGUGCUUUCUCAAGGCCACAGCUUUAUUAACUGAACUCAUAUGGGAGUCAUUGAGCAGUAACUUGUACAGUGCAGGUCAGGCUCUCUCCUUUAAUUGUUGCCACCUGGUGCAGAUUUAAUGUUGGCUCCUUAACCCCCCUCAUGCCCCUGACAGCUGGUCCUCAGCUUUUUGCUAGGGGCUGAUCACUGUCUUCUUGGACCAAAAUUACAGAGUUGGGAAGUGUGGUUGUUCCACUGUAGCAACAGGCAUGAGAAACCCUGAUCCCCAGCUUCAACUUCCACCUCUGUCCUACUACACCUCCAUGGACUGAGUACCUCCACUCAACAUCUGUUUCCUGUUUGAGAUUCAAGUUGCUUCAGCUCAUCAUCUGAACUAUCCCACAGGGAUGGUGAGCUGCUAUGGGGAAGGGUCAGAGAAACAAACAGAAUGCUGGUUGCAGUGAGGUUCCUUGUCCAAAAAGACAACCACUGCACUCCCCACAGCAGAAUGAAGAGCUCAGCCCUACACUAAUCUAGCAUUACAGGGUGGGAGCUGUUAGACAGUGAUGAAAGACUCAGGCAAAAACCAGCACCAGCACCAUCCCAUGUUUCUGAGGACUGCCAACGUGGCCUGCUUCUGGCUGUCACCUCACCCCACCUGCAAGGGCAGAGGCAAUCCUGAAUAGAACCACUGUUCUCUUUCCAGUCCAAACUGAGACUCAUCACCUCCAGUGUGGCUGGGCUAGCAUCUUAAUUUACAUUCGUCUGUCUCCUUCACCUUAGCCUGGGGGCUUUCAUUGAACAAGAGAAGAUAAUUUAUACAAUUGCAAGAAGACUGCAGUUAGUAAGGCUGCAGAACUGGCUGAAUAACAUGUCAAAUAAAAGCCAAUAAAUAACAGAUAAAAUUUUCACAUUAAAAUGCUGAUGUUUAGGUGUGAGCACUUCACACAUGACAUGAAAACUAUGGUUUGUCUUCUUGUUGCUUUGGAGAUAGCAUUCAUAAUUCAUAUGAUAGAAAAGGACAUGCUAUGCUAUGGUUUACAUCCUCUAGUACUCCAUUGAUUUUACAGUGUUUGUCCAUGAUGAAUCAGAAUUUGGUCACAAAAGUUGUUCUCCUCCCCCGCCGUAUCGUCAAAUACUUGCUUUCGUGCCAACACAUCUUGGUCUGAUUAGUCCCCUUGAUUAGAGGCUAAAGUAAAAAGUCAGGUGUAUAGGAUUCCCAUUAUCCUUUAUUUCACUGCUUCUAAGAACAGGUCAGAUAGAGUUAUUUCAGUGAAAAUGUGAACAAUCAACUUCUGUUUACCAUUAACCUUCAGUUUUCUUUUCUUAAAAUCAAAUCAGGGCUUGGUAGGCAGUUAUUUUCAUACAUGUCCCUUGAUCAGUGGAACAAUCUGUCAAAAGCCAUUAAAGCCUCUAUUAGGUUGAAUUGCAUUCAAAGCUAAACUAUCCAAUCAUUUAAAGGGCUGUGAUGAUUGUUUUUAAUAUAGUAUACAUUGAUUUCUCUCUCUGAGUAGUAACACAACUUUGAAACUAAGCAUGUAUGACUAGGGCUUUUGCUAUCCAGCAUGUCCUGAGAAGCUUGGUUUUGUGUGGAAGAUGAAUAUCUACAUAAAAAAAGGAAAAAAUGAAUGCAGAGAAAUCACCUGUAUAUUCUCAGAUGCUUUUCCUCCAUUUUUUCAUAUUUCAUUAUAUCCAUUAAGGUGUAACAUAUAUGGAAUGGGAAGAAAUUUUCCAAGGUCCUUUGCUCAAAUGCUUGAGUGAAAAAUUCAACAUCUAAUUGUAGUAAUAUUUUAAAGUGGCUUUUUAUCUUAAGAUCUCAGGAUGCUUUACACAGAGAAACUGAGGCAGAGGUCAAAAGUGCAGCUGUGUUCUGACUGCUAAUGCUGGAACUGAGCAUACGUAAUCCUCCAUCACUGACUGGCAUGUCUCGAUUACUUCCAGUUAAUCAGCUCAAUUUACAGAUUAAAAAUGGUCUCAUAGAAUGUUUUUUCUCCAGAGAUAUAUCAGCAAGUGGAGCUGGAUUCUGUCCUCCUCAUGUCAUAUUUAACAUAUUUUUAAAUUGCCUAACAUACAAUAAUACAUCUCAUGUAAUAAAGAUCUUUCAGGCCUCCUAAUGUUUGAUCAAACAUUCCAGUGAAUUUUAGAUACAUUCCAAGUCCCUGAGCUCUCAAUGGGAAAGGUACAUUAUAUUGGAACUACUGAAUCAUUCCAUGGAGAAUAUGCAGAUAUGCAGUAUAUAAUACUAUAUAAUAUAAUCCACACUCUUUUAGCUCAAUUUUAAGUAUGUCCACUGCACACCUGACAAGGUGAUAUAACUGCUGUACUAGGAAAUUCUUAAGAAAAUACCCUGUUGGUAUUUGGGUGCUGUUUAUCAAGGUGAAGAUGCAUUGCUGGAACAAACUGGAAUGCUGGUUUAUGCACCUGUUAGUGGUUCUGUCUGGUUCCUAUUUGGUAGUCUGGUAGUACUUUACUGAGAGCACUACUUUUCUAGUUAUUUUGAUGAACAUCCCAAUAAUUUAUUACCCAAACAUUAUCAAAGCAUUCCACAAUUCUUUCAUUGCUGUUCUUUCUCUUCUAUCCACUGAUGCACGUUCUUUCCCUUUUGUCUCAGUAUUAACAGUAAUGUAAUUAACAAGUUGUGUUCUUUGUUAGGCUGACAGGACUUUAAAGUGAAAAAACUUUAAAAAUAUGUAUCAGAUAGCAUUUUCUCAAGUGCAUUUAUUUUCAAAGCAGUUUAUUAGGAUAUUUGUGCUCCUUGAUAUUUUUAAUGCUACAUGUAAUUUUUAUUAAGGACUGUUUAUAUAACACUGUG